ACUGGCCAUAACGUAGAGUUGGUGCCGCCGUAGCUUGAAGCCAACUGGAUGUAAAAUGAGCCGCGAUGAACGUUAAAUCGCAACUAUGUCUACUAUUUAUCGCAAAAUGUUCCAAUGGCCCACAUUUGCAUAAAUUGAGGGGAAAGACACAAAAUGAAGGGAUUUACGCAAGUUCUUGCCUGGAAGGUCCCGCUGAUUCCGACGCCCCUGGCAAAGAUUCCAGCAACUUGUCGAUUGAGGAACAGCUCAGAGAACUGGAAGAAGAAAAGGCGGUUUACAAUCGCUUACAGCGUAUGGUCAGACGGAGCGCGGAUAUGGAACUUCCAAAAACUACGGUAACAACACAAUCGGUGUAUCCCCCAGUUGAUAUGGACAGAGUCAAACCCCUUGAGACUCCAUCUGCAAAUUUGAGUUACAAGCCUAUAAGACCUGAAAUGAAUGCCAACACUACGGAGGAAUUCCUACCUAGUGUAAUUCAAAUGCCAGUAUGCAAGAAUGUGGAGGGGAUAAAAACAUCGUUCAAGAUUAAAGACUAUACUCAGGAUGACAAAAAACCUAUGGACGUUUGGUUGGUUGAGGUAAAUAACAGGAGAGCUGCAAGAGGGCUUCCAAAGGUAACUCCUGAUGACGAAGAAUAUAAAAAGGAACUUGAAGAAGUGAUGAAGGAAAAGGAAGAAAAAUGGAAGGAUUUAUUCAAAUUCCCGGAUCCAGAUGAAAUUGAAAAGACUUUUUACAGAAAUCUAAAAAGGAACAGCAAGGGGUAUGCAAUUUUCAAGAAGGAGGAUAUAGACAAAUUCUCUUAUGAAGAAGUUAAGGAGGAGUUACGGAACAGAGGUUUUCGUACAGCUGGAGAUGAAGAAAUGGUUCGUGAAAGGCUUGAAAUGGCUCUGGAGGAAGAAGACGAUGAAUGGAGAUACAAGCACAUUGUUUCGCAACCUCUUAACAAGGAUAAUCAAAAUUUAUCCAAAUAUGCACGGGAUAGAUUGGCUAAUAUAGAUAGAAUGCUUAAUGUAAUUGAGGAAACAGGUUAUGGAGGUGAUUUGGCAAUGAUGUUAACGAGACUUAGAAUGAGGACUGAACUUAUCGAAUUUAGGGAAGAUCCGGUUGGCUAUCUGAAUCUUGACAUAGAAGAGGACACAGAAGAUUUGAGUGAUGCGGAAAUUGAAAAAAUUAAAAAUGCACCGGUAAUCUACGACACUUACUUUUUCAAUGAAAUGAAUAAGCCAGAAACGCAAUUACCGGACUUGAUAAGACCAACAUUCAAUCUCCAAGAGGAUACAAGACACUCCGUACCGAACAGAACUCAGAUGGACGAACCAGAAAUCGCAGAAAUGAAAAAACAGUACCUAACUAUUGCUGGUGGCAUACAUGAGCAAACACUCCCAGAAAUAGCUGAAAGAUUUGAAGUUCCCGUAAACUUUCUAGGUGAUGCAUGCUGUAGACUGGGUGCCCAUGCACCUGUAUCCAAGGAAUUACCCCUAAGAGCUUUAAUUUCGUACAGUGCCAUCUGGGAUCUUUUGCAGUUUUUAAACAUCGCAGACGGAAUGGAAGUGGAAUUAUUGUAUGCUCCAUUUGAAAUGGAAGAGAUAGCAAAACGGCUCGAGGUUGAUAUCGAAGAUAUAAUUGCCGCUUGUGAGGCGUUGGAGAUCAAACUCCCCUUUGAAAUGGAAACUAGACUUAAUCUACACUGCCUUGCGGCCGUAGAAAUUGUAAUCAAAAAGUGGAAACGUGAAAAGGAGAAGGAUAAAGAACCUGUAGUUGUAGAAUGA